AUGGCGACUAGAACAUCGUCGCGCCAGGCCGCCCAGAAAGCGAAGGAGGCCAUCACAAGCACCAGUGAUAUCAAGCCAAAGAGGACUGCCGGUGCAAAGCGCAAAGAUACCACCGAAAAAGGACCGGAACCAAAGAGGGGAAAGAAAGUCGAUCGCGAGCCCGAGCAUGAGAAACAAGAGAAGGAACAGGAGCAGGAGCAGCGAAAGCACGAAGAGGAGCACCGGCCAGAAAUGAAAGAGCAGGUGAAAGAGGAAGCAGUCCCUGGGCCCGGUGAAAAGGACGAGAAAGAGGAACAGGAAAAAGCCAUAAGACAGCUCAGUGAACAGCCUGAAGAGCAAGCAGAGAAGCCAGAACAAGAGCCCAAAGAAGCUCACGAAGACGAGAAAGAGAGUCAAGAGAAAGGCACCAAAGAACCAGAAGAAAAGCCAGCUGAAGCGCCGGCAAAGGAAGAAGUUGAGGCCGGAGUCAGGAAGUCACAAGAACGAGAAGACAUUGUACCUUCCAACAUACUCGAAAAGGGAAUCAUAUACUUCUUCUUCCGCCCUCGAGUCAAUGUUGAGGAGCCACACAGUGUGAAGGAUGUUGCCCGAAGUUUCUUUGUUUUACGUCCGACUCCUCUGGGUGCAGUGCUGGAUGCCGAACAAGGCACUCUUGAAGCCGACGCACGCUGUCGCUUGAUGAUUCUGCCAAAGAAGAAGUUUCCCACUUCUGGUAGAGAGAGGGACAUGGGAUUCGUGGAGAAAGCCGGAAUAUCUAUGAAAGAACUCCAUGAUAGCUUUAUGGUGGGAGGGAAAUAUGAAACAUCGACUCGAGGAGAACGCACCGUUGAAGAAGCGCGACCAUAUGCGGAAGGAGUCUACGCCAUAACCUCUGGAAAGCGGGCUUCUCACCUGGCCUACAUUCUGACUAUUCCGCACGAAUUGAGCUCAAUUCAAGAAGACUUUGGCCUUUAUGGCCGAGGCAGUUGGAUUGUCCAGUCGAAGAACCCCAAAUAUCCUGGUCCGUCCUACGCACAGCUUCCCAAAGACCCUGAGUAUCCUGAAAGCGUCCGCCAAAAGUUCGGAGACUAUCGAUGGGUCCCCUUGGAGCCUGAAUUCAUCGACUAUCCCAACGCGCAGUUCCUCAUGAUCGGGGAGGCCACAGACGACCUGGGAAAGGCAGCCACAGCAGAACCUGGUGGUAAGGAGGCACACGAAGAACAGCCAGGCGAGGAGUUGGAAAAGCUGGAACAUGAAAACGAGGAGAGGAUCGAAGCUCUAAAAGGCGACGAAACCGUCUAUGAAGACCUAGGAUUGGAUGCGAAGAACUAUCCGAAGGUGCCAACAACCUGGAACAAAUAG